CUACAUACAUACAGUCUUAGCUAAGCUAGCUUUUCAUCAAUUGAAUAUAAUGGAAGAUGCUAUUGAACUGGUUUUCGUUCCAGGCCCUGCAGUGGGUCACCUUGUUCCUGCAGUGGAAACCGCGAAGCUCCUCUUGCAAACAAACCCUCACCUCUCCAUCACUUUCUUGCUCAAUAAAAUGCCUUUCGCUCCCCAAGCCAGGGUUAAUUCUAUCAUCGAUUCUUUGAUUGCCGAUGUCGAUCCCGCUGAUAAGAGAUUGAAGUUCAAACUACUGCUUCAGGACCUGGUUCUGGAUCUCCAGAAUCCUGGAUUUCCAGACGGGAAAUCCAUCCGCGACCAAUGGAUUUCCACACUCCUGAGUGAAGCCAGAGACUGCGUUAAUGAAUUAAUAAUCCAGAAUGCGCGGCGGCGCCUAGCGGGAUUUGUUGUCGACAUUUUCUUUACCGACGUGAUGGAUGUGGCUGACGAGUUUGGGGUCCCCACCUACGUGCUCUACGUGGCGGGUGCUGCUACGCUCGGCCUUCACCUCCAUUUCCAGAGCCUCAAAGACCACCACCAUGGUACCCUCGACGAGUUUAUUAAGGAGGAUUAUCUCAAUGUUCCUACAUAUAUCAACCCCUUUCCGGUCAACUUACUGCCCACCUUUGUGUUGAACACAACCGAUGGAAUCUUGGAUUACGCCAAACAAUUUCGACGGGCCAAAGGCAUCAUUGCCAACACCUUCUUUGAUCUAGAGCCGUAUGCACUUCAAUCGCUUUCUAAAGACAAGACCAUCCCACCUGUAUACCCUGUGGGACCGGUAUUAAACCUAAACGUCCGCACUCCUCAACAAUCCCACGACCAAAUCUUCCAAUGGUUGGAUGACCAACCACCUUCAUCAGUUGUAUUCCUUUGCUUCGGAAGCACCGGUACUUUUCCCGAGCCUCAAGUCAAGGAGAUAGCCUACGCACUUGAACGUAGCGGCCAAAGGUUCUUAUGGGCCUUGAGGAAGCAACCCUCUCCGGGUAGUAGUUCAGUAGUCCUCACCGAGUAUACCAAUCUGGAAGAGAUCCUACCGGAAGGAUUCUUAGAAAAAACUAAAAGCAUCGGAAAAAUUAUAGGAUGGACACCACAAAGUGCAGUUCUAGCUCACCCUGCUGUUGGGGGUUUCGUGUCUCAUUGCGGAUGGAAUUCAAUUUUGGAAAGUUGUUGGUUUGGAGUUCCAAUAGGAACUUGGCCAAUGAGCGCAGAGCAACCAGAAAAUGCUUUCCAACUGGUGAGAGAGAUAGGAAUGGCUGUGGAAAUUAAGAUGGAUUACAGAACAGAUUUAAGGGAUGCGAAAAUGAAUAAUAUUCCAAUAGUUCCUGAAAUUGUGAGUGCAAAUGAGAUAGAAAUUGGAAUCACAAAUCUUAUGGACCACUCUAUUGCAAAAUCUAUAAGGAUAAAGGCUAAGGAAGUUAAAGAAAAGAGCAGGAAGGCAUUAGAGGAGGGCGGCUCAUGCUUUAAUGCUAUUGAAAGUUUUAUCGAAAAUGUCAUGAACAAUCUCAAUUAAGUGAUAGAUUCAAGAGUGAGAUGAAGUAAUAGUGUCUUAAUAAUAAAGUAUAGGAACCAGUAGUGAUGACAAUAAAUGGAUAUAUCCAUAUAUAUAUGCAUGUUUUAUAAUUUAUUAUCAUUAGCCUUUUAUAUAUGAAAGUUCCAAUCUUACUUGAAUG